AUGGAAACGAUACCUGACCACGAACCCAGUACGAGUGUCUCCACUCUCCGAGGUCUCCGACACCUCGACAUGGCGCUCCUAUCUGAGCAGUCGUCCUCACCGGCUCCGGAACCGGCGUUUGCCCUCCCCCAGCCUGCACACGACGAUCCCUUGGACUCACCUUGGCCUCCUCGACCUUCGUCACCACACAGUGCCCAACAGUCUGAGCCUGGAAGUCCCUCCGGAGAUUCCGUGUCGUCUUUCCCCUCCGUCGGUUCGUCGUUCUUCUUCUCCUCUGUCCCGGUCACCCCACCGCAUCCCGGCCUCCACUCCGACCCCGAAGACCACAACAUGGGCGACUCUACGAGCGGCCUUGUCAUCCCCUCGCUUCUUCUCCCAUCGCCGUCCCGAAGACCCACGCCAUAUGGUCAGACAUUAGGCGGGAUGCGACUGCUCCUCCUCGGCCCGAAGGGUGCCGACAUGAGCGCCAUCGCGUCUCAGCUCGUCGAUGAUAAUGAAGACGUCGUCGAGGUCGGUAUCUGGGAGGAGGUCAAGCACGAGCCGGGAACAUGUCGCGGUGGGCGGAAGACCAUCCUACGUGUCUCCACGGAUUGGGUGGAGCAGAGGGACAGGCAUGGCCUUGAGCGCGUCGAGCCUGCGAGGAACGUGGAGAUUGUCGAGCUCCCGGCGUAUGAUCCCGACACAGAGGCUGAUACCGUCAUCGACCGCGUAUUGCCUGUGAUCCACUCCCCUUUCCGCGAAGUCCUCGAAAUCCUCAGCCGCGAGCACCCUCCCACUGGCACAUUGGCACACUUGCUAUCGUCAUCUUGCACACCUCUGUACACCGCUCUAAUCCUGCUUUCUGACCCAUUAUCGUUCUCGUCUGUCGAACGGUCUCUUGUGGAAGCUUUGAGUUCGCACAUCCCCGUCAUUCUCCUUCCGACACCGCCAUCUGCCCUUCUAAUCAACUCGGUUCAUGAAUCCUCAAGAUACUCUUCGCAUAUCUCCUCAUUCCGGCCCGUAUCCCUCGAUGCGCUCCGCGUAGGACUCUUCCGCACGCCAAAUAUCCUCGCCUCGCUUCGAUCAGAAGCCGCUUCCCGUUUCCUCCGCUGGCGUGAAGUUGAACGCGCUGUAGAGCGAGUUCGAUGGAGCACGGCCAUUUCCAAGGUGUCCAUGCACCCGGACAUCAUCCGCUCUCCUUCCACCGGAUACGAGAAGAACGAUCGUUGGAACAAGGAGGCAUGGGAGGCGCAAUGGGAGGGCACGCUCUCCCAGGAGGUCGCUCUUCACCUUCGACGGCAGCGCUCGAAUUCCACCCGACGUAUCGCCCCGUUGUCUUCCCUCUCCACAGUCAGUCGCUUCUCUUUCCCGCCUGCAAGCUUGGACGACUCUACAGACAAGCGUAAAGGCCUGCUGUCCCCUCCUUGUACCUCCGGCUUCGACCCUCUUCAUCUCCCGUCGCUCGUCGUGUUCUCCUUCACCUUACUGCGCGCCGUGGGGACGCGUUUCACCCGCGCAUUAGGCUUGCACCCUCGACCCCCUCUGAGGCGGCGGUCAUCAACGAUCACGAAUUCCAUUCUCGAGGAGAAGAUCGAAGAGGAGAGUCAGCUGCGUGCGGGCCGUGGUGUGGGAUACACCAUUGGCCUCGGCAUCGCCUUCGUCAGCGCGUUCUGUGCUGGCAUCGGGCUGGGUAUUGUCGCCGCCACGGGAUAUCAAUUUUAA